AUGGUCAACCAGGACCUUGCAAACAGGCUUGCCGAGGCCUACGAUUGGUCCUACUAUAAGAAUGGCGACAUCCUCGAAAUGAACCCCGGCUUCGGUCUUUUCACCCGUGCUAUUUGGAACGUCGCUAAACCCCGCAGGCACGUCCUCAUGGAGCCGCACAAGAAGUUUAUUCCGAUUAUGGAGGACUUUGACGCGAAAACUGAAGGACGAAUCAAAUACACAAGCCUAGAGGGUUACGACUGGGCGACGUAUGAUAAGUUGAUCGCCGAUGGGACGAUCACGCCGGAAAAUCAGUCAAUGGAGAGAGUCAAUGACUCUCUUCUUCUCUUUGCUUCAAUGCCGAACGGUGCCACGGGAGAAGCGCUCGCAGUGCAGUUUCUCUGUACGUUGCCUCGGCGAAACUGGAUCCAGAAAUAUGGAAGAGUACGAAUGCUCAUUUGGAUGAAGACGAAGAGCGCGGACAGACUUCUGGUCGGUCCCGGAGGACAUACCCGCGCGCGACCCACAAUCAUUGCGCAGGCAUGUGCAGACAUGCGGGUGAUUGCGUCGCCCAAGGAUGCUCAUAUGGGUGCUUUUAAUUAUGACGAGGCGGCUAUGAAGGAUGUGAUCGAGACAACGCCGGAUGAUUGGAGGCAAAGGGGUGAUUACACACUGGUGGAGUUCACGCCCAAAGAAAAGCCUCUGUUCAACAGUGAUUUUGCAGAGUUUGAUUAUGUUCUCAGAAACCUGUUCAUCCUCCGCGCCACCGCUAUGGAAAAGUCGCUUAUGAUGCUGGGAUCAGGCUCAGACAGCCUGAUUAAAUGCAUGCCUUCAGGGCUGGAUUUGAGUAAACCGGUAAACGCGUAUACGGUCGAGGAGUUUGAUCAAGUUACACAGGCUUUCUCAAAGUGGCCAUUCAAGCCAACGGAGUUGUUUGAAAAGGGAUGGACAAACGACAGGGAGAAAGAUCCCAAAGGUGAGAAUGGAGUUGUGAAGAAUAUAGGCAAGAAGAAAUAA